GAGCUUUCUGUGAGCAAUAAUUCCACAACAUUGAUGUGCGCAUGAAUUGAAUUGACGCGCACGUCAAAUGAAUUAUUGCUCUAUUGCGCGCAAUCAGGGCGGAUUUAGAGGGGGCGCAGCCGCCCCCCCCCCCCCUCCCCCCCCCCCCCUAAAAUGUUCAAAUUUAAGGUUAAUCGCGGUAUCUUGUUUUGGAAAAUGUACCAAUUUUCUUUAUAUAAUUUAUUAUUCGGACACAAAUCAUGCAAAACUUCAAUUUAUUAUUCGGGAACAAAUAAUACAAAACUUCAAUAUUUGACAACCGAACCCCUGUGGCUUAAACCGUGAACAUUGAUAUUUACAAUGUUUGAAAAGUGUAUUAACUAAAUUCUGUCGCUUUUUGUUUUUGUUUAUAUAUUUUUCACUUGGCCAAAUUUGGGUUAGCAAGAUCCGCGUACCCAAGGAUGAGAGGCACUUAAUUAUAAUGUGAUGUUUCUUUCGUUUUCCAUAUAAACGUUAUAAUGUUUAUGUAACUUAUCUACUAAAAAAUAUACAGAGCAUAUUUACAUGCAACCUGGGUACAAAAGUAUCACCCCGAAAACCGCCUCACUGUGCUUGCAUGGCUCACAAGGGCUCGUCACGAAUUGACCCUCUCUAUUCUAUAUUUGUAAAUAUAGAACAAACGAUGUCAAAUUUUAAUAAGACAAAUAUUUCGUGACGAGCCCCUGUGCAUGGCUUGGUCGGCUAGCUGUGACUCGGAUCUGUUGGGGUGGCGUAAUCCCCGAUACGUGAUAGGCCGAGGGCGAUGUAUAUAUAUAGCAGUAUAAAGAAAAUGGGCGUAUCAUUGUUGGGUCAGGGUAAACUUUUGAAUUUCCGGAAAACGUACAGGACGUUUGUACUUUCGUUUUCGAUGUGGUCGCAAGAAAAACAAAUCGAAAGCCAGGAAAGUCCACAACAGGGCAUUCACAGUUUGAUCUUCAGAGCUCGAACAGUACGUGGGUCUAGAUGGCUGCAAGAUCUACAUCGGAGUCCGAGGACAGGGAUUUUGACGAGAAAUUGGUCAAACUCAGUGAUAUAAAAGCUUUCUUCACCUGCACAAUAUGUAGCUGUCUGCUAACUGGAACUUCUACAACCAAGUGUGGACAUAGAUACUGCGCACACUGUAUUCAACAAUGGCACCAGCGACAAACCAGUUGUCCAGUCUGUAACAAACACUUGACAAUAAAUAGCGAAACACGGGACCACCAGUUUGAUGAGUUAUUGAAUACAAUUAAAGAGAAGGCAGUUACUGAGGCAGAUUUUGGGGCCAGAUACCUCCUGGAGUCAAAUGGUACAAAUGGAAAUGGCUCCAGGCACCCUGUAGACCAGAAAAUGGCGGAGAUACUGUGCGUCUUGCUGCCACAGAAAGACAAGGACCUGAAAGAAAUGGUGAAACUUCUGAUAACAGAGAAGGAUAAAGCUUUAAGUACCUUAAAGGAAAAAGACAUACCACUGAGAGACACACAGAUAAGGAUUCUGAGCGAGCGUACCAAAACGUUGGAAGAGGAAGUAAAGCAGAUGAAAACUUUGAAGGAGAAACUUGAUAAGGGUCGACAAAUUGAGGUCAAGUACAAGGAAGAAAAACAGCAGAUGAAAGAAGAGAUACAGCAUCUGAAAGGAGAAUUAAGUGUGCUACGAAAUUCAGAUGUAACUCAUCAACAGAGAGAGAAGGAGCUGUAUGGACAAUCUCAGCAACAGACAGCUGAGAUACAAUGUCUCAGGAUAUAUCUGGAUGAAAAAACAAAAGCAUUAGCAUCAGCUGACAGCCAUCAGAAGAUGGUGAAACAACUAGAGAAAGAAGUACAACGGAGAACAAAUGAGGCAUAUCAGUUACAACAGUUUGUCAAAUAUAAGGAUCUUUAUGAUGCAUGCUAUCAGGAAGCAAGUGAUUUACAACGAAUUCUUAUUGAGAAGGAAUCCAUCAUACUGGAGCAGCAAAACCAAGUCAGCAAUAUGAAUGAGACAUUGAUGACUUUAAGUAAGCAGAUACAGGAAACACCACUGUCCAUUCACCAGGCUGAGGAACGCUACCAAAAUCAGCUGCAAGAAAUGUCAGCAAACCUGAGGGCAUUUUAUGAGAAUAAAUCACAAACUGAUAUUGGAUUAAUGAAAGAGCAUGCCGAGGAACUGGCGAGAGAAUUGAAGGCAACUAGAUCCAAACACUUAGCUGACCAGCAGAGAAUGCAUGAAGAGAACAUGAAAUUACUAAAGGAGGUGGAGAGAACCAGUGUCAGUGGACCACAACAAUGUAAUGCAGAGAGGUACAGUCAACAAGAAGCAAGUCUAAGUUAUUACAAAAAUAAAGUUAACGAGCUAGAACAGCGAUUGAUUAUUCUUCAAAACAGAAGCAAUAGCCCAUAAGAAGACUGCUGAUGACAAAGUCCCCAGAAUUCGUAGACUGCUGAUGACAAAGUUCCCAAGAUUCUUGGACUGCUGAUGACAAAGUCCCCAAGAUUCUUAAACUGCUGAUGAUCAAAGUCCCCAAGAUUCUAAAAUAUUUUAUUUACAAAAUUUGUAAAUGUGUGUGUAAACUGUGUGUUAGUGUAUUUCAUUGUUUGGAUUGGUACUCAGAAACUGUCAGUAAAUCUCGCUGAGUUCAGCCAUUUGAUCUGUGAUAUCAGAAUGCCAGUACUAUAGUCAUCCAUUUUCAUUGGACAAAUAUUUUCUUUAUUCUAAGGAGGGAAGAUGUUGUGCAUUCACCCAACCCUGGCUUGGAUUUCUCGGAAAAUUCUGAAACUUAAGUUUUAGUUUUCUUUUAUUUGAGCAGUCAAAAUUUGAGUAAAAUCUCAGACUUAUGUCCAAGUUUCGACUUAUUAUAAGUUUAUUUCAAGAAAUCCAGGCCUGCAAUCUGCAUCUGUCUGACUGAGGGACAAUAGGUGGCUGCUGUGCAGCAAACCCCUAUUUAUGUUAAUGAAUCUACAUCUAUAUGAUCUCAAUAUAAAGACAUAUAAUAUUAGUUGUACAUAGAAUAGGAGAGUAUUUUAUAUGGACUUUUUAUUAUGUACAGUAAAACAUGGUUAUAACGAACCUCCAGGGCCAGCGAAAAGUUUGUUAUACCGAAACUUCAGGACAAGCGAAAAAAGUUUGUUAUAACGAACCUCCAGGGCAGCGAAAAAAGUUUGUUAUAACAAAACUUUGUUAUAUCCAAUCAAAUUUUCAUUAUCUUCCUUUCAUAGGGAAAUAAUAUCACUUCGUAAUAAGUGAAUUCGUUAUAAGCGCAUUUUACAGUAUAUGAGUUUAUUAUAUAUGUGUAUGUUGUGUAUCAAAGUGCAUUAGAUUGAUUUUUUAAAAUAUAUAUAGUCUAGAGAUUUGCUUUAUUUUUACUCUACUUUGGUAAUAUUUUUGUUGAGUUCCUGAACAAGAGUGAAUAAACAUGCAAUACCAAAAAUUUUUAUUAACAAAUUUAUAUUAUUUGAAACAAGGGUAACAGAUAUUAUGACAGCUGGAACUGUCUUUCUAUCCAGAAAUAAAAAGGAAUUAUAAAUUGCAGAAUUUAAUGCCUUUUUAGAAUGAUACAUGUAUUUAUAUGCAUGUACAAAAAUAUUUUUAUCAAGUAUGUUCGAAAACAUGAAAGUAGAUGGUUCUUCUAUAUCUACUGGAGAUUCCUAAAUAUAUGCGAGAAAUUUAUUAUUGCAAAACUAUAAGUAAGAAGCACCACUAUAUGUAAUAAAAUUACUUUUAUGUUCCUGAAAUAGGUGCAAAAUCUCUUGAUCAACAGGUCACUCGUGAAUUCAUGUUCUAAACGAUUUAAUUGUUUAUGAGUGAAUUCAUGUUCUAACGAUUUAAUUGUUUAUGAGUCAUUCACGAGUAUCAACAGGUCACUCGUGAAUUCAUGUUCUAACAAUUUAAUUGUUUAUGAGUCAUUCAUGAGUAUCAACAGGUCACUCGUGAAUUCAUGUUCUAACGAUUUAAUUGUUUAAUAUUAUUCGUGUAUUCGUAUUUAAUAUUAUUCGUGUAUUUGUAUUUAAUAUUAUUCGUGUAAAAUAAGGAAUCUACAGUAUAUAUCUAAAAAAUUUCACUGCUUUUCUUUUCUCGUUUUCAAUUAACUCUUGCCUUACUUUUAAGAUUUUGAAUAAAGUUUAUUUGAGAAUAUACACAAAAGAAUUUUGAUUUUUAUAUACAUGCAAUUAGAUUAUUGAUUUAAAUUUUGUUCUUUGUGCGUGUGUGUAGUUGUAUGUUUAGAUAAGCAUCACACUGAUUUAAACCGGUGCUCUACAAAUGCAGUAUGAGGUUUUUUUUUACUUUCCUGUUAGUUCACUGUAUAUGAUGGAGUUGUAUGAAAUGACAAGUGUUUUAGUCUCUAUCAGUUGUUCAUAUUGUUGUCCCUGUUGUAGAAUGAUUCAAUAUUAAUAAAUGUUAGAAGUCUGAUCUGCAAA